CUAUAAAUAAACUGAGAACUAAUGUUGUAGUAAACACAAUAUUUUCAACACUUGUUAACAUGAUUCAAUAAUUAUUAUUAUGGUAAUCCCGAAACCCUAUCAACAAACUCGUGCUAACACCAUGCACCACGUAUCACAGAUGUUAUAUGUUAUAACUAAUUAACUGUAUUUGUUUAUUUAUAUCUUAUAUCUGUAUCCGAAACCGAAUUACCGAAUGAGCGCAGCGAGAGCACACCUCACUUCACAGACCUCCUGUAUAAUUAUCUGCAGACCUCCUAUUUUCUGACUGUCAAGUCAAGUCAGUCAAGUGUCACGACAACUGACGAGUGUGACGUAAUAAAACGGCAAUCGCUAAUCCAAAUUAUGCGCACUAGAUGCGCACCGUACGUUAUUAGUGAGUUGUUGGAAAGUCAUGGCGCUCAUGGCGCACAGGAAAAAUACGAAGGUUGGUAGAACUGAAAAUAUUAUAGUUUCAUUAUUCUACCAACCUUCUGUUGUCAAAAGGAAAAACUGACAACCUGACAAAGUGAUCUGACAGCAGAAAAUAGAAAAUUACAUAACAUAACCUCAUUUGGCUUUUGAGGAAAAUCCACUGAAAUUGUAGCAAAAGUAAAUUUGCUCUACAGUAAUAUGGGAAAUGCAGUGGGAAAUAUUCCACAAAGUGGAUUCAACUUGUAUUUCUACCCUGAAAUAACUCCUAGCCCUUUAGAGGAACCUACAUUUGACCCUUUGAUGGGUUUUGAAAAUGGGCGCAAAAAAAGAGUUAUGAUAGCAACGGAGGCCGAGAUGAAGUCAGCAAAAUUGCCAUUGGAGGACCGAGACUACUGUGCACAUUUGUUACUGAAUUUCAUGGCAUGCAGGAAAGAUAACUUCCCAUUUGUUGUAAAAUGUGGACAUGAAAAGCAUGCAUAUCUUAAUUGCAAAUAUGAAGAUUAUUUGAUAAGGAUGAAAGAAUAUGAAAGGGAAAGAAGGUUGAGAGUCAGGCAACAAAAAGAACUAGCAACUUCAGAAAAUUGAUUUAUUUUUUGUUUGUAGUAACUGUAAAUAAAUGAAAAUAAAAUAUUUUUAGUUCACUGAUUGACAAAUUUCUGAUAUCAUUAUCAUACAUUUCAUUAGAUAAACAAAAAUAUCUAUUUGGAUGCCAAUAAAUAAUGCCAUACCUUCAGCAUGAAAAAAAAUCAUUCCACCAAAGUUUUGUUUGUGGUGAGAAUACAACAAGUACUGCUUAUUAUUUAGAAAAAGCUAUCUAUAAAACAUUCAAUAACUGCUUGGCACAAUUCAUUCUUUUCUUCUCCAACUCGUUUUGUCCUGAUAAAGAAUGCAAUUGCACAGUGGUGAGGAACCUAGCAUUUUCGCCAAUUUUCACCUUGAUUUCUUGCCGAUGGGAAUUUGCAGAAGUAACUAAGGUCCCCAAAGCCACAUAGGCUCUAAAUUGUGACUCUGCAUCUGUCAACUUUGUCAGGAUAUCUGGUAACACUUGAGCCAAUAUGGAGAAACCUAUUUCAUCAUUAUUCUUGAUAGUUAGGAUUGUUAGAUUCAAAAGAGAAGUUGAUAAAGCCACCUGA